CAUCUUUUUUAAACAAUCUCCUUAUCGAAUAAUACAUUUCAAUGAUACAUUUCGUACAAAGACUUAAAGUGCAAUUAAAUUAUCUCGAUAAUUUUAAUUAAUAAUGUGCCUUUGCAUUAACACUCUAAUUGGACCUGUAAAAAUUUACACUAAUUUUGUCCAACUGUCACCCUUGAUAUUGGCCUAAGCUCCAGUUUUACGUACCAGUUUACCCUCUUCCCCUUUCUAUAAGAAGUAAAGUUGGCAAAUUGUCGUUGAGAGAGUGGCACAUGAAACGCGGCGUUCAGCUGUCAUGGCAGUAGUUACGAUUCUUGCAAGAUAAAAAGGGGGUCAAGUUCUGUAAAAAUAAUAAUCUGAUUCCGAUGUAUUGUGCCUAAAGAUGAUAGCAGUUUUGUUGAUUCUUUAACGCGAUCGCAAGAGCGGUUAGCCGAAAAAUGCCCCGUAUUUUUCGGCGUAACCUCCGUGACCGGUCCGACGAGUUAUUUUACGUAGCGAUUAAAUUGAGGCCCGAGUUAUUUACGUAAAAGGCUUUGAAGCAUAAAAAUAAAUUAAUGAUCCCAUGGAUGCGUGAUCAAAUAGUGGAGGCCUGGCAUAACAGAAAAAGUUCAAGGACGGCUGACAAGCGGUCCUUGGCCCUUUCUUCUGUCAGCACAGGCAAUCCUGCAAGCAACAACAGUAUGCUUACACCAUUACCUACCUCACCCGAAAACUUUUCUGUCAACGUCAUCAGUACAGAGGGCAAUGUAUUGGAUGUUACAAUAAAACCAAAUUUUACUGUGGAAAAUAUAAAAAAAAUAGCAGUGGUACAUUUCUAUGGUCAAGACACAACCAAACCUAUCUCACGAUAUCGCUUAGUUCAUUCAUCCAAAUUUAAACAGCUUGUUGAUGCAAAUUACGUUGACGAUGAGGAUAUCAAUGAAUAUGAUGAAUUAUUAUUAGUAGAAAUACGACCAUCCACAGUACAAGAGCAUCUUUCGGAUGAAGCUCUCAAGGGUCCAAGUUUAGAAGCAAUAGCACGAGCUACAAGUGAUCUACCUAGUCUACGAAAUGCAUCCAAGUCUGUGCCAUCUACAGAAUGUCCUGCAGAUUUCCAGAAUGAAAUCCGUAAGAUUUUAAUAACUCUCGUACAAGCAUCUACAAAAAUCUUGAUGUAUAGUCCCGAUGCUGAGAAAUUAUAUGAUAUCAUUAAGGAGAAACUCGAAACUAGGUGUAGGCCCACUAAUGAUCCGAAAGUCAUAAGAACUCUAGUAGAAAUGGGUUACUCUCACAAGAAAGUUCUUAAAGCGUUGCGUCUUCGGAAAUCGAACAUGACAGAAGCUUUAGAAUGGCUUAUAGAUCAUCAGGAUGAUUCGGAUGACGAGGAAGAUGAUGAAGAUUUCUUAUCUGUGGAUGCAAUGACUGAUACAACAAAUAUUGCAAGUCCUAGUUCUUCAGCAAGUACUAAGAAAAAAUCUUUAAGAGAUGCAUGUCUGGAAUUAUUUGAAACGGAAAAACAGGAUCAAAAAGAAAAAAAUCUGGUGCACAUUGUGGACUUAUUAUUGCAAAGUUUUCGACAAUAUAAGAAAAUGGAAUUUAAACCUAAUAAGAGAGCAAUGCGGUCGCUCGUAGAGAUGGGUUUUGAUGAAAAAAAUGUGAUAGGAGCGUUGAAAGUUACUGGAAACGAUCAGGCUAAUGCUUGUGAGUGGUUACUGGGUGAAAGAAGACGUAGUUUGCAGGACUUGGAUGAAGGUCUCGAAUCCGAUGGUUUAAUUUAUAAAGCAAUUAUGAGUAAUCCUCAUAUUCAACUUAGUCUUACAAAACCUAAAAUGUUACUUGCAUACUUAUCAAUGAUAGAAACACCCGCCUCGGCAAACGUAUGGAUUAAUGAUCCUGAAGUUUCACCUGUGCUUAACCAAAUAUCCAAGACAUAUCACACUGAGAAACAUGCCAUCCACAUGAAUCGUUACACCUAGUAUUAUGGUGAAACUAAGUUGAGUCUCUGUGGAACAUCCAUAUUUUUAUAUAAAUUUAUAUAAAUUUAUAUUUUACAAAUAAUUUUUGCAGAGAUUUGGAGUAUCACCAAUAAUCAAUUAUAAUUAUUACAAUUUUUGUUAUAUGUAAAAUCAAAUAAUUAUAUCUAAUUAUAAUUAUAAUUAUUGCUAGUUAAUUAUAGUUAUAAUUAUAGUUAUAAUUAUCACUACAGAGAUUAAGGAAUUUUAUUUAUGAAGAUCUCAUAAAAAGUAUCCAACUCUCUCGCAAUAUGCUAUCAUUCACGCAUAAUUUGAUUUCUACGUACACACAAUUGAUUGCUAGUUGCUUUCCACAUUGUAUACAAAUUGUCUAUUAACAGUUCAUAGAGAAAAAAUGUGCUUUAAUAUAUAUUUAAAAAAAGGGAUUGUAUAUUAUUUUAACGUGUAUCAUAAAUUCUUAUAGCAAAAUUGAAUUCGUAUCAAAUGUACUUUUCCAUUCUCCAAAUUUAGAACUAGUCAGACAAUGUACUACAAAUUAUAAAAUAAAAAACUAAAAUAUAAAGUA